GUCAAGAUGCCGCCGAAGGUGCAACAGAAAACCAAGGAACAGAAGCUCAAAGCUGCCCUUUCCGGUGGUAAGGGCCGCAAGAAGAAGUGGAGCAAGGGUAAGGUCAAGGAGAAGGCCAUGAACGCCGUCCUCUUCGACAAGCCGACUUACGACAAGAUGAUGAAGGAAAUCCCCAAGACCAAGCUCAUCACCCAGGCUGUUGUGUCCGAGCGUUGCAAGAUCAAUGGAUCUUUGGCUCGCCAGGUAAAAUGCUAAAAUUUGAUUAUUGGACAUAUACUUUGCUUGCUUCCGCUGCGGUUUUUGCUCAUGGAUUCUUACUGUACGCUUGCUUUAGUUUUCGGGGUUGCGAUGAUGUGCAUUUCGGCUCAGAUGUAUUUGCAGAAAACCAUUUGAUCGUUAUUGCUCAUAAAAUGCACAAAAAACAGGCCAUCCGCCACUUGGAGGGAGAGGGAUUGAUCACUCCGGUCGGUGACCAGCACCACGCCUUGAUGAUCUACACUCGUGCCAUCAAGGGAGAGUAAGCAAACGGUUAAGACCACUGCAGCUUACGACGCGUGACAACAACUCUCAAG